UGAAGCCUCUAAUACGGAGGAUCAUCGCCUAGCAGUUCUUUACCAAGAAAGUGUCGAUGAGAUCAAGUUUCAAGGAAACCUGCUGCCCCAAAUCACAGCGAGGAAUUAUUGUUCAAACGACCAUGCUCUGAAUCCAGACAACCCCCAUCGCAGCCGGUUUGAUUGGAAUAGCUGACCAGCCCUAAUUCUGGCUCCUGGCGUGGACAUAUAUAACAUAGCACCUGGUGGCCCGGUGCUGUUUUUUGAGCCAUGGCUGCCUCAAAAGAAAGCAUGCCAUCCAAACCAGAGGAUAUCGAAACGCGCUCCAUAUUCUCAAUGCAAGAAUUAGACCCAUCGCCAGUCCAAGAUGAGUUUCCAGACCUCGAAUCUGGUGAAUACUUCCCCAGAGAACCAAGUCCGCCAUCGGCACGCGAGCCCAUCGCCGGGGGUGGUCGGUUCUCAUCGCUCAAGUUAGGUCUUCGCGGACACAGUUGGGAUUCAUGGUUGUCUGCCUUCCAACGAUACUCGACGUAUCCACCAACCCUAUUCCUUGCAUUGCAUUGGGUCAAUACCUCUCUCAUCCCUCUGGCUACUCGAUCCGUACCCGAUAGCGAGAGCUUCCUACUUCUCACCAGACCCGUCUAUCAAUCUCCGGGCCUCGAACAUCUCGUCCUGACUGCGCCUGUUCUGAUUCAUAUUGCGUCCGGAAUUGCUUUGCGCAACAUUCGUUCCGCACGGCGGGCACGACUCUAUGGUGCCGAGACAAGGUCACAGAGACACUCGUUGACGUUUUGGCCUCGGAUGAGUCUCCAAGCUCGGUUAGGAUAUUCGUUGGUUCCGUUACUUGGCGCCCAUGUGCUCGUCAACCGCAUCACUCCGUUAAUGGUCGAUGGGGGAAGCUCAGGAGUCGGGCUGGGUUAUGUGGCCCACGGCUUUGCACGGGCCCCCGCACUCUGGAAUCUAUACUAUCUGUUAUUCGUCGCCGUUGGGGUGUGGCACUUCGUCGGCGGCUGGGCUGCAUGGAUGGGCUGGAGAGUGACAACGGUCCGGAAAGAACGUGACCGAAAAAAGGGCUCCCUAGAGGGUUAUCUGGGAGCCUCGGAAAAUGAGCAACGAAUCCGCCGACAGAGGAAGAUGUGGUGGACGGUCAACGGCAUUGCCGCGGUGGGAGCAUCCAUAUGGCUUGCAGGCGCCCUGGGCAUCAUCGGGCGAACGGGGCAAGGUUAUGGCUGGGAGGCCAAGGGAUGGAAUGAAAUUUAUAGCCAGGUCCCCGUUAUUGGGUCCUGGCUCUGACCCAAUUGAUUCGGACAAACAUAGUUUGGGGAACAUAUCUCUCCGUCGCCUGGCUGACUAGACGCAGUAUAUCAUUCUUGGUCUAGCGGUUAGUGCUUCGACACAUAAUACUUCAAGGACGGGAAUAACGGCCGAUAUGAUUGUAUAAUAAGCAAGAAGCAAGAAUUAAUGUUAAUGACAGCUCUGAUAGAAUGUGAAGAGGGGAAUGAAUUGAGUUUAUAGUUAUGACAUUUAUGUGAUUAGAUAGUAGGGAGUUGGUCCG